AUGAUACUAUCAAUUGGUGGAACAACCUCUACUACACUACAACAACCUUUUCCAGAACUAUCUCAAAGAAAUAAAAGAAGAAUAUUAUCUAGUGGUUCCAAAUUCAGAAAUAGCCAGAGACCAAUCUCUAUGGAUCCACGAUCUUCUUUAUCAUCAUCAGACAAAAGUAAUGAUAAGCAUGCCAAUCCAAUUUUAUCAUCUUUAUCUAUUAUUAAUCAUUCAUCAUCACAUAACAGUCAGCACAAUAACAAUCAAGAAAAUAAAAAGCAACCAAAGAAAAGUAUGAGCACAACAAAUUUGAUGAAACAUGCUAAAGCAAUAGGUUUUGCAAUACCAAUAAAAUCACCAUAUACACCACCUACUUCUUCAUCAUCAACAUCUUCUUCUUUGUCAUUGUCUUCAAAACCAUUACCACCACCACUUCUUCAAACAAACAAAAAACUAAUUGAUUCAUUAUCAUCGUCACCACAAAGUGUACAUUCAGAUGCAACGUCAACCAAAUCAUUCGUUAAUUGA